AUGAUUCCAAGCAAAAAGGGUGUAAUCGGGGCCGAGCGGCUGUCACGGGUCGUUAUACCCAAGCCAGAAGUCCGUCAUAGGGAAAUUUCUGGCUUCCCUUUCCUUCUCCCCUCGUCUCUAUGCGCGCUAGAAUCUCCCUUGGCCUACAGCAAUUCUAUUUUCAGUCAAUCUUCCAAGAUCAUCACUGAUAAUACUACAAACAAUAGCAACAUGAGUUCCGGCUUUCGUUUCUCCGCAACUUCGGAACCCUUCACGCCGAUCGAGACUCGGCCGUGUACACCUACACCCCCUGCCCGCGCAGAUCCGAUUGCGGUAGCAAGACUACAGAAUGAGCUUCUUGAGACAUCCUUCCAAGUCAAUUCACUCACUGGGAACCUGCGUGAAUGUCAAGAGGACUUACGGGCUAAAUCUGCCGAGAAUAAACGGCUACGUAGCUACAUCCACACACUCGAGGUCCUCAAUUCGCGUCAACCUCCUGCUCCGGUCCCUCUACAAGCGUCUAUUCCUUCCGCACCUCCUCCUUCUUCACUUGUUGCUCCGGGACGAGUAGCGACAAAUGGGGUCACAAAACCCGAUAGCUUCUUCAAGGAGGAGUUUGGAAUGCUGUUCCGUGAAAUCCAUAAUUUUGGGAAGGGCUUCUACAAGUUCGCCACGGAUGUCGAUAUACCAUCGGAGCUGGCGGGGACAGUGAAGGAUAUUGUGGGUGAUGAGAGGAUGCUGCGGGAUACCCACACAAAACUGUUGAUUGUGGCAGGGAUCGUGAUGCGAUUUGUCUGUUUGGAUGUAUUUAGAGACGGAGAGAUCCCGGAAAUGAGGGAGGAGCAAACAGCCUUCCCAACAGCCUCGGAAAAAUACAGCACCAAAUCCGCCGCCCUCGCAACGAAGAUUCAUACAUUUAUCCUACCACUCAUGUCCCGCCCUGGAGAUCAGAAACACUGUGAGGAGUCGUUCCGCCUGUUGGAGGCACUCAUCUCGCAUGCUUUCCGUAUUGGUGUUGAUAGAGACAAUUGGCGGUUCUCCUUCCCAAGUCGUGGAGCACGCUUCGUAAAUGCUACAAUGGUACCAUGUGAUACGAGGAACCUAGGCUUCUCGGGUGAACAGGAGAGGGAUAAUGGGACUCUCGAGAGCGGGGGGAGGGGUGUCGUUUUUUGCGAGCGUGAGGGUGUAUUAAUUUUCCCUCGUUUCCUUCUCUUCUGCGGUGACUUAAAUACAUUUAAUCCAGUGUGUGUCCUUAGAACCACGAUCUCUGGCUUGUUGAGUAUGGACCUUGAGGCUACUCUACUCGAGGCGAGCGGAGAAACACCUUACACUCUCAAACUUAAGGGAGGUACAAGUAAUGCCGAAAGGCCUUAUAUACAUACAUGUACUGGCUGUAAACAGCACUGGCCACUUGACCUCAAAGCCUGA